AUGGAUCCCAGCAAGCCCUCCGGUGGCGACUAUGCCUCGCCUACCAGCAACCCGCGCGGCCGCCACCCCGAAUCCUACCUCUCGCCAUCUACAUCACGCCGCCCAUCCUACAUGACUGUUGGCACCGGCUCCGUCUCAGAGAGUGCCAGCCGCCUUGCCGCCAUGCUCGACGAUGACUCCGGCUAUGGUGGCAGCAUUGCCGACGGCAGCAGCGCGCGUUCCGGAUGGCAUCCUGGCAUCACUGAAGACCGUCCAACCCCUAGUCACACGCCCUUAUUGCCCGGCGAAUCCAAUCCCGCAUCCGAGCACGAGCGGCGCACUCUUGCCAGCCAUAUCCACCAGCUGUACUACAACCAAAAUAGGACUGCCCUGGCUCGCUCCAUUGGUCGGACCGUGGAGACGUUGAAGAAGCUCCAGUCGCUGAACAUGCAAUGGCCAGCGCACUACCCACAGGUCCAGCGCUCAGAUGCCCCUGCGCCGACUAAUGGCCAUUCGGAACCGCGUCCAGGAGUCCACCACACUCAAUCGACCUGGGACAAUCACCGUGGCGUGGAGCAGGACGUGCCGCAUCGGCCUACGCCUCCCAAGCGCGCUGGCACGUCGCUUGGGGAAAGCUCGACGGUCGCCGAAGCAAGCUCGGCGGCGUCACAGAAACCUGCACAGGAGCCACGUUUGGUCACGCCACAGCUGGCCCAGGACUUUUCCGUCCUGAAAAUCGACCUCAAAAUGGGUGCUCUGUCGCAAACAGAACUGGUUCAUUCAUUGGAGAAGGGUGCUAUUGCCCAGUUGCUUGACGGUCAGAUAACCAAGAGCAUCCGUCACCUAUUCUCUCUGCGAGAGCGCAUUGAGGAUACAUCUAGUAAGGUUUUGGUCACUGGUGAUCUCAACGCGGGAAAAUCGACAUUCUGCAAUGCUUUACUGCGCAGGAAAAUUUUGCCCGAGGAUCAGCAGCCAUGUACAAGCAUUUUCUGCGAGGUCUUGGACUCGAGGGAAAACGGCGGCAUUGAAGAGGUGCACGCCAUUCCGCUCGGGUCAGUCUACAACCGCGACAACGAGGCAACCUAUGACGUCUACACUAUCCCGCAGCUCGAAGAUGUUGUUCUGGAGAACGACCGUUACGCCUCGUGCAAGAUCUACAUCAAGGAUAUCCGCGCUGUCGACGAGUCGCUCCUAAACAACGGUGUGGUGGAUAUUGCGCUUAUCGAUGCCCCUGGAUUGAAUGCCGACUCCUUGAAGACGACUGCAGUCUUCGCCCGUCAAGAGGAGAUUGAUGUGGUGAUCUUUGUCGUGUCUGCGGCCAAUCACUUCACGCUGUCUGCGAAGGAGUUCAUUUUCAACGCGGCGAGGGAAAAGGCGUACAUGUUCAUGGUUGUGAACGGCUUCGACAAUAUCCGGGACAAGAAGCGUUGCCAGGAUCAGAUCCUGAAGCAGGUUGCCAAGAUGAGCCCUGCUACGUUCAAGGAGUCUUCUGAGCUUGUGCAUUUCGUUACCAGCCGAGCGAUUCCAGUCGCUCCUCUAGAGAUGACUGUUGGUGGGAGUGGUGGAUCUGGCUCUGGUUCUGGUGACGGAGGCCCUGGUGGAGAUCCUGAUGAUGAUGACAAGAACGACCCUAAUUCGUCAACCGGCAAGGGCAAGGGAAAAGAGAAGGAGAAGAUUCAAGACUUUGAAGAAUUGGAGGCCGCGCUGAGGCGCUUCGUGCUAGAGAAAAGAGCGCGCUCAAAGCUGGCGCCGGCGAAGACAUACCUCAUGAACCUUCUCGGAGAUCUUAACAACCUCGCAACGAUCAACCGUGACGUCGCCCAAGCCGAGCUGGACCGUGUUACCAACGAACUAAAGGAGCUGGAGCCAGCGUACGAGCAGUCCAAGAAAUCCCGAACCGAAGCUAGUGAAGAUGCCGACCACACCAUCGAAGACACCGCCGCGGAUGUCUAUGAAUACACAAGAGAUACGGUGACAACAACGAUUGCACGCGUCGCCGAACACGACCUUGGGCUUGUGUAUCCUGGCUUGUUUAGUGCAUUCGAGUAUGCAGAGGAGAUCAAGGCUGCCAUGAUUCAGGAGAUUUCCGAGAGCGUCUUCAGCUGCGAAGACUACGCCAGAGAGCAGACGAUGACCGGCUUCCGGAGGAUAUCCAGUUUGGGCAUAUUGCACCUCGGUGAUGACUGGUCGCAUCUCACAUUCCACCCUGAAAAGAUGUUCCGCAAGAGGCGGGACGCUCUUGCGAGGCAAGUUGACUUUGAUGUUGAAAUUUGGGACUUCUUUGACGUGGCGAAUCUUUGGGAGCGUCAGGAGAAGUUUGCUGGAACGAGUAUGGCCGUAACCGUUGCUGGCGUCGUUGGCAGCAGAGUUGUUGGCGGUAUGAGCUGGGUUGAUGGCGCAAUGGGUGCGAUGAGAAUUAUGGGUUCAAACGGCCUUCGCAAGAUGAUUGUCCCCGGUCUCAUCCUAGCUGUGGGACUUGGCGUUUCGUACGCCUUGCAAUCUAUUCCGAAGUCCCUCCCACGUCGUCUCAGCACCAAGCUUUCGGCACAACUUGACUUGCUUGACUACACGCACGCGAAUGCUUCUCGUGUCAGCUCAGAGGUGCGCAAAGCACUCAAGCUUCCGACAGAUGAGCUUCGCGUCGGCCUUCAGCGCAGUGUCGAAGAGUUGCAGGUCAAGAGAGAGAAGACGACCAAAUUCAAAGAGGAGUCUGAAGUUGCUCGCAAGUACUUCGGUAACCUUGUCCGUGAGAGCCACGACAUCAAGCACAGCGUCGAACGUGUCGACCUCGAAGGUCCCGCUCCUGGCGUUGCUGCUGCGUAUGGGGCGUGA